AGGAAUAUCAACCUCACAGACCACCAUCCUGGGGACAGAAGCCAGCUCAGCUGUGCCAACUGUGCCCAUGUUCCCUGGUGGACCAGGAAUGUCAACCUCACAGGCCACCAGCCUGGGGACAAAAGCCAGCUCAGCUGUGCCAACUAUGCCCACAUCCCCUGGCAGACCAAGAAUAUCAGCUUCACAAGACACCAUCCUGGGGACAGGGGCCAGCUCAGCUGUGCCAGCUACACCCAUGUCCUUUAGCAGACCAGGAAUAUCAAUCUCACAGACCACCAGUCAAGGGACAGAUGCCAGCUCAGCUGUGUCAGCUACACCCAUGUCCCCUGGUGAACCAGGAAUGUCAACUUCAAAGACCAUCAUCCUGGGGACAGAAUCCAGCUCAGCUGUGCCAACUAUGACCACAUCCCCUGGCAGACCAGGAAUAUCAACCUCAGAGACCACCAGUCAGGGAACAGAGUCCAGCUCAGCUGUGCCAAUUACACCCACAUCCCCUGGUGGACCAGGAAUGUCAGCUUCAAAAACCACCAGCCUGUGGACAGAAGCCAGCUCAGCAGUGCCAACUACACCCAUGUUCCCUGGUGGAUCAGGAAUGUCAACUUCAAAGACCACCAUCCUGGAGACAGAAGCCAGCUCAGCUGUGCCAACUAUGCCCAAGUCCCCUGGCAGACCAGGAAUCUCAACCUCACAGGCCACUAGCCUGGGGACAGAUGUCCACGUGAUUACUCCAACACCGAAUGUUUCUCCUAGAGAGCCAGCAACGACAGCCUUCUGGGUCACCCAUUCUGAAUCCCAGAGCUUUUCAGGUCUUCCUGUAUUACCCGGUUCUCCUGAAGUGCCAGGGGUGACAAUCUCACUGGCCACCAGUUCUGGAGAAGAGGCUGGUACAGCAACCCUUCCAAUCCUGACUGAUUACCCACAUGACUCAGCAGAGAGGACAACAGCCCUGUGGCUUACCAGUUCUGGGAUAGAAGUCAGCUCCACCGUUCCCAUUUUGAAUGUCUCUUCUGGUGAGUCAGCUAGAACAGCUUCCUGGAACACGGAUCACACAGAGACAGGCUUACUCAUUUCUAACAUCACACCAGAUGUUCUCCAAAAUGAAUCAGAAACCACUUCCCGAGUGGGCACCACUCCGGGGGCAGGAGCCAGUUCAACUAUUCUAGAUACAUCUCUUUUACCCAGUGUGCCAGGAGUGGCCACCUCUUCGGUCACUAGCUCUGGGACAAAGACCAGUACAGUUGUCCCAACUCUGACCAGUUCUCCACAUGAAUUGGAGACCUCAGCCUUAAUGGGCACCCAUCCUGAAACAGAAGCCAGUUCAGCUGUUCCAACAACUCAUGGUCCCCCUGGCAAAUCAGAGACAACCAUCUCCUGGGUCACUCAUCUUACAGAGACCAACCCAACAGUCUCCAGGACAACAUCCAGAGUCUCCCAUGGUGCAUCAGAAACUGCUUCCCCAGUGGCCACCAGUUCAACAGUUUCAACUCUGACUGUCUCUCCUGGUGCACCAGGUAUGGUGACUUCUCAGGCUACUGGUUCUGUGACAGAUACCACCAGUGUAGUCACAUCAACUCAGCCCUAUUCUCCUGAGGAGCCGACAACCACAGAUUUCACGGCCACUCAGCCUGAGCUACCAGUCAGUUCAACCAUCUUGACUCCAGCGGUCUCUUCUGUUGCAGCAUCUGUGACCUCUGUCAUCACCAGCUCUGAAUCAGAAACCAACUGGACCUUUCUGACUGGUUCGUCGCAAGAACCAGAGACCACAGCCACCCGGGCCGCCUCUUCUGAGAGAGAAGCUAGUUCAACUGCUCCAACUCUAACCGUUUCCACAGGGGGACCAAAUGCCACAACCUUGUGGCCCACGUCUCCCACAGAUGCCAUCACCCAUCCUGGAACAGAAGCUAGCUCGGCCAUGCCAGCCCCAACUGUCUUCUCUCCUGUUCCAGAGCUGGUGACAAAAUUGGUCACCAUCUUUGGAGCAGAAACCAGCACAACUGCGUCAGUUCUGACGGACUCCCCAUAUGCACCAGACACCAUAGCUUCUGAAGGAGAAACCAAGUCAGCUACCCCGGCGCUGACUGGGUUACCUGACACUUCCAGGGCAACAACCCUGGGGGUCACCCUCGUUUCAGAGACCAGACCUACAGUGCUCAGAACAACCCCCAUUGGCCCCAACGGUGAAUCAGACACCACACUUCCUGUAACCAAAACCAGCUCAACCAUGCCAAUUUCCAUAGUCACUUCCGGUGUCCCAGCUAGCAUGACCUCAAAAGUCAUGAGUUCUGAGGUGACUACUGCUACAAGGACAAUGUCAGGGACUCACACUACAGACCUAGCAGUCACCCACCUCAGUGCAGAAGUCUCAACGACAAUUUCUGGCCCUUUCCCAGAGACCACACCCUCAUCCCCCAUGUCCCCCAAGAUGGAGGCCAACACAACUCUUCCAGCUCUAACCACAAAGCCCUCUCUCACUACCACUCUUGUGAUGGAGACCAGCCAGGCUGCUCUGGGUUCAACACUUGGCGUUCCUACGGAGUCACCCUCCCUCUCCACAGAGACCGGCACAGUUAUUUCGGCCUCAACUCUUUCCCCUGGUUUCUCAGAGACCACAAGCUAUCUCUAUGUCACCAGUCCUGCCUCAGAGGCCAGUACAGGUAGCCCAUCUCUGACCAUUUUCCCUGGUGGUCUCCAACAUGUAUCAACGAGUGAGUCUUAUACCGUAGCUGCUACGGAGACAGAAACGUCACCACCGACAACCUCGGUUGAGUACCCAGAAUUCAAGACUAUCCCAGGGAACACUGUGCCUUUGGUAACAUCAGAGACCCCAAGGCCAUCAAAACCCCAGCAGGGACAAGGAUUGAGCCUAACCACUGUGCUGCAGACAUCAGCUCUGAGGACCACAGAUUUAACGGCAAUAAGUUCAAGACCCACAGGCACUAAGAUGUCAGCCACCUCCAGUAGCCUGGUGGGCAGUUCUGUUGCCCCUCUGAGCACAGCUGGGAUGUCUACCUCGGCUUCUGUGAAUGUGACACCAGAAACAACUGCUGUUCCUUUCUUGUUGCCUUUUUCCAUCAACUUCACCAUCACCAAUUUGCACUACCAGGAGGACAUGGGGAACUCAGAUUCUGAAAUAUUCAGUGCCACCGAAAGACACCUGCAGCUGUUGUUGGCGCCGUUGCUUCAGAACAGCACCGUUGGUUCCCUCUACAGACGCUGUACAGUCAGCUUGCUCAGGGCUGACAAGAAUGGAAGAAGCACCAGGGUGGGUACCCUCUGCACCUACCAGCCGGCCCCAACAGGCUUCAGACUGGACCGAGAACAGCUGUACUGGGAACUGAGUCAGCAGACCCACGGUGUCACCCAGCUGGGCCCCUACACCCUGGACCCGGACAGCCUCUAUGUGAAUGGUUAUAACCAUCGCUAUGGGAUGUCUACAGCCAAUGCUCCGGCCACCCCCAGCUUCCCGCCAGCACCCCCAGACGCUGUGACCCCCACACCCAGCUCUCCAGGUACCGGACCAGCCCUGGCACCUUUCACCCUCAACUUCACCCUCACAAACCUGUUCUUUGUCCCUGACAUGGCGCAGCCCGGCUCCACAGUGUUCACCUCCACCCAGAGGACCUUAACUCGCCUGCUUGGUCCAUUGUUCAAGAACACGAGUGUGGGCUCCCUGUUUGCUGGGUGUAGAGUGACUCUGCUCAGACCCGAGAAGCACAAAUCAGGCACCAGAGUGGACGCCGUCUGCACCUACCGCCCUGACCCCCUGGGCCCCGGGCUGGACAGGGAGCAGCUGUUCUGGGAGCUGAGCCGUGAGACCCACGGGGUCACCCAGCUGGGCUUCUACACCCUGGACCCCAACAGCCUCUACGUCAACGGCUACAACCAACACAUCUGGACCCCAGCUACCAACACUCCAGGAACCUCUGUGUUUUCUGAAGAACCUUCCACACCUUGGCCAUCUGUCCUCAGCUCUACAAUGGCCAGCCCUUCUCUGGUGCCUUUCACGCUCAACUUCACCAUCAUCAACCUGCGCUACACAGAGGACAUGGAGCCCCCAGGAUCAGUAAUGUUCAACACCACGGAGAGGAUCCUGAACCGGUUGCUCAAGCUCGUGUUUCAGAACAGCAGUCUCGGGCCCCUGUACACCGGCUGCAAACUGACCUUGCUCAGACCAGUGAGCAACAGAAAAGCCACUGGAGUGGAUGCCGUCUGCACUUACCAUCCUAACUCCAUGGGAGCCGCAGUGAACCGAGAGAAGCUGUAUUGGGAACUCAGCCAGGAGACGCAAGGUGUCACCAAGCUGGGCCCUUUCUUUCUGGACAGAGAUAGCCUCUAUGUCAAUGGUAAGUACGUUGCCUUCUUGAAACCACAACAUGAAACCAAGAAUUUAGAAAUGAACUCAACCUACGAACCUGCUGUGGAUAUAUCCUUUUUUUAAAUUUUUUUUCUUUUAUGGUUUCUUUCUUUCUAUUUUUUUUAUUAGUGAUUUGAUAAUGACUGACAAAAUUGUGGGAUAAGAGGGGUACAAUUCCAUACAAUUCCCACCACCAGAGUUCCGUAUCCCAUCCCCUCCACUGGAAGCUUCCUUAUUCUUUAUCC